CCCGCGAAAGAGGAAGUCGGCUCAGAGAGGAAGAAUCAUGUGAAAACAAUCACCGUGACUUUCUCCUUAUUUUAGGUUUGUCUGUCCCGGCUGCGGCAUGUCCCGCAGGGAGGUCUCCGUGUGCGUGAAGCUGCUCCUUUCCCUGCAUGCUGUUGCUCAGUUGCGGGCUGACGGACCGCAGCAGUGGCCUGUUCCCUACAGGCGCUUUGACCAGCGACCACCUGCGGACUCGUACUGCGAAGCUCUCUACCCCUUCUGCCCCACCGGAGACCGCGAUGGACGCUUUCCCUCCAUACGAGACAGCGACGUCAUCUCUGUCUACCGGCUGCAGACGCCUGUGUGGGAGUUCAAAUACGGAGAUGCGCUGGGGAAGUUUCACAUCAUGCACGAUGCCAUCGGCUUCAGCAGCCUGAAGACUGGGGCCAACUACACCAUGGAGUGGUACGAGCUUUUCCAGCUGGGCAACUGCACGUUUCCUCAACUCCGGCCGGAGAUGUUCGCCCCCUUCUGGUGCAACCAGGGAGCUGCCUGCUUCUUCGAAGGCAUCGAUGACCUGCACUGGUCGCAGAACGGGACCCUGGAGAAAAUAGGAGAAGUGACAGGGAGUCAGUUCAACGCGAUGGCCCAGUGGGUCCAGGACGACAACGAGACCGGGAUCUACUACGAGACCUGGACCGUUCGCUCUGACCCCAGUCCGAACGCAACGGUGUGGUUCGAGUCGUACGACUGUUCCCAGUUCGUCCAUCGCACGUACAAGAAGCUGACCGAGCUGGGAGCCAAGCUGUCCAGCCGCUCGCAGACCAACUACACCAAGAUCUAUCUGUACAGCGGAGAGCCCAGGUACCUGGGCAACGACAGCGCCAUAUUCGGGCAGCCGGCGCUGAAAAACCUCGCGACGGACAUCAGGCAGUUUUACCACCCGUUCAGGCCGCACCAGUCAAUCUUCGACCUCGCUUUCAGCCUCCUGGAGGCUUACAAGGAGGUUGUGCUGGACAAGAGCUUCUACCUGUACUACAACUUUGAGUACUGGCACCUGCCAAUGAAACAUCCAUACGUGCAGAUUACGUAUGAAGAGGUGCCUUUGCCUUAACAACCAGCGUGUACACUUGAAAAUGUUUUUAUUUCUGUUUUUUAAGUUUAAAAUUCAUGACUAGUCCUGCCAGCACUUGCUAACUUUCAUGCUAAGUUGGUUGUUUUGUUUUAACACAGUAACACUUUCCCUUCUCUGCAGGAAGCAGGCUGGUCUGAUUUCACCUUUUAAAAUAUUUGCUGUGGAUGAUCCUUAUCUGACCACUAGGUGGAAACAUUGUUUAAACCAAACCUGAUCUAGCUCGUCUGCUAUAUUUAUAGAGAUGCCAUAAAUGUAAACUUUCAUGCCUCACAGACAGACAAAAAAAAAAAAAGU